AUGGAUAGAGAUACAUUCUACGAAGAGUGGGAUGAAGUAGGCGAACUCAAUGUUGCCACUUCUUUUUGUAAAGCUUUGAAUUUCAUGUCGCCAGAGUUGGCAACUGCAGAUCGUUCGAAUUGGUCCUCCAGGGCCUAUCGAAUGUCGAGCGCUCGAGCAAGUUUUGUAAAUCGCAUCAAGACAAGGACAAAUGAGGCUUCCGAUGGUCUUCUACUUGCUUUUGAUCAGGCUAACCUUGUCGUCAUCACCCUACAGUAUCUAAAUAGUAGGGACCUUGGGGCGCUACAAUCAAUGCCGACGUCUGACAAUAUUCCACUUGAUGAGGUAAUGAGCCUUCCCUUGCCCUUUACAGCGUCUAGUGAUAUCGAUCUGGCGACUUGCCAUUUGCCACACAUGACCUGUACCUCCUUUUGGGAGGCUGGCGAAUGGUUUGGCUACUACACCGAAUCUUACUUCGAGUCUAGAUCCAGGAUUGCACCGCCAAUGAGCGGCAUUCGCUUCUCGAUCAGCGACGCUCGUGGUGAUCGGAUACUUGACCUCAUCGGCCAAGGAGGGCGCGACUCUGUAGGCCCUUUUUCGCUCACUGGUACCCUUGAUAAAGCAAGCGGGAACUUGUGGAUGGAAAAGCUUUAUACGCAAUAG